CCCAUUAAGUGAGAUUCUAUUUAGAAACUAAAAAGUAGAAGGACCUUUCUUGCACAUGGCAUAAUCUGACAAUUAUAUAAAGCUCGAAUUUUAACGAUAUUAUCAUCAUCUUCUAACACUUGGUCGCUUCAGCACAUCACGGCUCCUUAGCGAUGACGACAGUUGGAACGACAAUGGAUCAAACUAGUAAAGCUAAUAAACCUGGAGCCACAAAUGUUGCUAAAGUUCGGAGCUCGGCUUCAGGGUUCAAACGAUGGGGAAGAAAAGGCCCGUUUAUCAGGUACGGGCUUCCUAUGAUUUCACUUACAGUGUUUGGAGCACUCGGGCUUGGUCAUCUAUUGCAGGGCAGCAAGGAUAUAGCUAAGGUGAAAGACGAUCAAGAGUGGGAGAUUCUCGAAACAAAAAAAGCCCUUUCAAGAACAGGCCCGAUUGAAGCAUACAAGCCUAAAAACUUGUCAUUGGAGGAGGAGCUUAAGGCUUUGCAGAAGAGUGUUGACAUAAACAACUAUGAAUAUAAGAAGAUCCCUAAGCCGAACGAAGGCUAAUGAAGUGUAGUUUUUCGUCUAAAUAAGUCAAUAUCUCUUGGUCUUAUAUUGUAUUGGUGUAAUUUUAUACAUUUUUGGUAGUUGUUUAGAUGCAUGCAUAAAAUAGGGAUCUAGGCCACUAUCUUUAUCUUUUUCCUGUUUUUGAGUUUUGAUGUCCUUUGGUGUUGAAGGCCAAUAAAUUGCAUAUGUAUUGUUACACUUCAAAAUUUGGUAACCAAUGGUUCUUAUAUUG